AUGGAUGUCGCUCGUACGUCCAUGAUGCAUGCGGCUGCCCCCCAUUUUCUGUGGCCGUUUGCGGUGAGGUACGCGGCGCAUCAGCUCAACCUUCACCCCCGGGUCUCUCGGCCUGCGAUGUCCCCAGCCUUGCUGUGGACGGGGAAGGUUGGCGAUGCGUCUGUGUUCCGUGUCUGGGGAUCUCGGGCGUUUGUCCGCGACUUGUCUGCGGACAAGCUGUCCCCUCGUGCUGCUCCCUGUGUUUUCCUUGGCUUCCCCACUGACGCCCCAGGGUGGCAAUUUUACCACCCCUCCUCUCGUCGUGUUCUGUCCUCCCAGGACGUCACGUUCGACGAGUCAGUCCCCUUCUACCGUCUCUUCCCCUACCGCACUCCUUCCCUCCCCCCUCCCCCGGACUUCCUUAUGCCGGUUCCCCCCCCGGUAGACCCCCUCCCCCCUCAGGUUCCUGCCCCCUCAGGUGUGUCCCAGGUAGACGCCGUUGACCCGGUCGAGGUUACUGGUGACUCUGGUGCUGCUGCGGGUGCUGAGCCUGGGGGUGCUGACUCUGGGGGUGCUGUGCGCGGGGGUGCUGAGCCUGGGGGUACUACUGCUGGGGGUGCUGGGCCUGAGGGUGCUACUGCGGAGGGUGCGGAGCCUGGGGGUGCUGAGCCUGGGGGUGCUGUGCCUGGAGGUGCUGGGUCUGGGGGUGCUGGGUCGGGAGCUGCUGAGCCUGGGGGUGCUGAGCUGAGAGCUGCUGAGCCUGGGGGUGCUGCGUCUGGAGCUGCUGAGCCUGGGGUUUCUCCUGCUGCUGCGUCUCGCCGGGAGCCCCUCUCUCCACAGGAGCUGCGCGAGUGGUUCGCUCGCUGCUGGAGGCGUGCUGCUGAGUCUGGAGGUGCUGCUGGAGCUGGAGCUGGAGCUUCUUCGACCGUCGAGGGUGCGGGUGCUGCCGGUCCCGGAGCUGCUGGACCUACUGGUCCUCCUGGAGCUGGAGCUGCUGAGGGCGUUGGUGCUGAGCCUACUGCUGUUGGUCCUGCCGCUGGAGGUGUGGGUGGCGCUGGUGCUGUCGCUGAGGGUACUGGUGCUGUCCCUGCUGAGUCUGGAGCUGCCGCGCGGCCUCGGCCGUACUUCGUUCCGCUCCUGCAGCAGGUUCUUGGUCUUUCUCCUCCAGUAGAGGGUCCACCGCCUGUCCAGUCGCAGUCCCUACUGGAGCCUUCCUCUCCACUGCCUGCUCCCUGUCCUUACACUGGUCCUACUGGAGGUCUUGCUGAGCGUCGUGAGCCUGCGUCUCGUCCCGCGUCGCCUUCCUCUCUCCCUGCGCUUGCCGACCCUGAGUCGGACUCUCUUCGUGCUGCCAGUCCUACUGUCACGCGUCUGCUUGCUACUGUCGUCACUGACCCCUCUUUUGAGUCCACGGCUGCGUCUGCUCUAGUCGCUGAGCUCGUCGACUUUGCUGCUCGCUGUCGUCUCGACUACGCUGCUAGUCUUGUUGCUGAGUCUGCGUCUGUCUGUCCUCCGUCCGUCGGGGGUGAGUGUGCUCUUGGCACGGACGUCCUAGAGGACAGGCAGGAGGAGUUACAGUGUCUAGCGGCUGCUUCACCUCAUCUCGCGUCUGUACUGCUUGCCCCUGAGGGAGACCCGGAUGCACUAGACAUCCCGACUCCGCGUUCUUACGCGGAGGCCGUAGAGGGUCCCUACUCCUCUCAGUGGCAGGCAGCUAUGGAUGCAGAGAUGGCUUCCUGGAAGUCCACAGGCACCUACGUUGACGCGGUUCCCCCUCCUGGGGCAAACAUCGUCAGUGGCAUGUGGAUCUUCAGGGUGAAGCGGCCGCCGGGCUCUCCACCUGUCUUCAAGGCACGGUACGUUGCUCGUGGCUUCAGUCAGCGGCAGGGAGUUGACUACUUUCAGACCUUCUCUCCCACCCCGAAGAUGACUACUCUUCGGGUGCUGCUACACAUAGCCGCUCAGCGCGACUACGAGCUUCACUCUCUCGACUUCAGCACUGCGUUCUUGCAGGGUAGCCUUCACGAGGAGAUCUGGCUUCGCCGUCCACCUGGCUUCACUGGGACUUUCCCUCCUGGCACCCAGUGGAGCCUCCGACGGCCAGUCUACGGUCUCCGUCAGGCACCGCGUGAGUGGCACGACACACUGAGGACUACGCUUGCGGCUCUUGGGUUUGCUCCUUCUACUGCUGACCCGUCGCUGUUUCUUCGCACCGACACUUCCCUGCCGCCGUUCUACAUCCUCGUGUACGUCGACGACUUGGUCUUUGCCACAGCGGACACUGCUGGACUCGCCUACGUGAAGUCCGAGCUGCUGAAGAGACACACGUGCACAGCCCUGGGUGAACUGCGCAGCUACCUUGGCUUGCAGAUCACUCGGGACAGAGCACGCCGCACCAUUACCUUGACUCAGUCACACAUGGUGCAGCAGGUCCUUCAGCGCUUCGGCUUCACGGACUCCUCGCCUCAGGCCACUCCUCUGCCUACUCGCCACUCACUCUCAGCUCUGCCUUCGGAUGAGUCCGUAGAGUCGAGUGGCCCGUAUGCAGAGCUUGUUGGCUGCCUCAUGUACCUGAUGACCUGCACACGACCUGACCUUGCAUACCCUCUGAGCAUUCUUGCUCGCUAUGUUGCUCCUGGGAGACACAGACCAGAGCACAUGGCUGCAGCGAAGAGGGUAUUGCGCUACCUGUGCAGCACAUCGGGCAUGGGGCUAGUGCUUGGAGGGCGGAGUCCAGUGGUCCUUACCGGCCACGCGGACGCUUCUUGGGCGGACGACCAGGCUACGCAGCGGUCGUCACAGGGUUACACCUUCAGCCUUGGUUCCGGCUCUGUCUCGUGGCGGUCUACUCGCUCGUCUUCGGUUCUCGGCUCCAGUUGUGAGGCUGAGAUCUACGCCGGGGCCAUGGCUGCACAGGAGCUUCGUUGGCUCACCUACCUGCUGACUGACCUUGGAGAGCCGCCUCGUUCUCCUCCAGUGCUGUACGUAGACAACAAGGCCAUGCUGGCCUUGUGUCGAGAGCAGCGCUUGGAGCACAGAACGAAGCACAUUGCUCUCCGCUACUUCCUUGCUCGUGAGCUGCAGCAGCGUGGUCAGUUGCGACUUGCGUACGUGGCCUCUGAGGCCAACACUGCUGAUGUGUUCACCAAGGCACUCACGCCUUGUGACCAUCAGCGCUUUUGCACCCAGCUGGGUCUUGUGCCUGUCUUGCCUCACUUGCUCUCCUCUUGA